GUCUGCAGCAUCAACCUGUCGCAAGUCUGCAUCAAUUGACGGACGUCUUCAGCAACAUGGCACCAAACCUCGACGACGAUUUUGUGUUCACAAUCUCCGACCACGAUGAUGUAUCCGACGAUGGCGGUUUGGCAGAGCUCGCCGCGGCCGAGAGACUUUCUGGGCAAGGGAAGAAGAGGAAAUAUACAGAGGAUCCGGAUCUGAACGUCAAGCCGAAGGAGGCUUCAUCCAAGAAGGCGAAAAAGGAAAAGAAGAAAGGAAAGAAGGGCAAGAAAGGCGAGCCUGAGCCGGAUGUUGAGGCUGAAGAUGAGAUGGAAAUCGCAGACCCCGGCGAGGACGUCGAGGCGAACGACGACAUUGACAGCGACUUCGAGUUUGCAGUCGGCGACAUUGACACUGGAUUCGUCGAGGAGUUUGACGGCUGGGGAGUUGACAAUGCUGCGACUGCGCAGGAACAGAAUGGCGAGAAGAGGGGCACAGCUGUGGAUGUCGACGACAUCAUUGAGCGCCGACGAAAUCAAAAGAAGGCCGCAGAAGUUGUAGACCAAGACUCGGCAGACGAGUCCGACAAAGACAACUUCGAGGGCUUUGGCGACGACGACGAGCUACUAGCCGCAGACGGAUUUGGAAUGGGAGCUGGAAGUGACAGUGAGGAUGAAGAGGAUGAGGAUGAGGAGGCCUCUGGAGAAGAUGGUAGCGAUGCAGAAGAAGCUGGAGCCGACUCUGACAACGACUCAACCGCACCACAUGUCGCGCAUCCCAUGGACAUCGACGCAGAAACCGAUGGCGAAGACGAGAGUGACAAGGAGGAUGCUGCAGAGGCGAAGAAAGCAGCUGCGUUCUUUGCGCCUGAAGACAGUGUUCAGAUAAAGAAGAAGAAGGGCGCAAAAUCAGGUGCUGGAUCAUUCCAGGGCAUGUCACUCUCAAGACCGAUCAUGAAAGGUCUUGCGUCUGUGGGCUUCACCGAACCAACACCAAUUCAAGCAAAGGCUGUCCCCAUCGCCAUGCAAGGAAGAGAUGUUGUCGGAGGAGCCGAGACCGGUUCCGGUAAAACAGCUGCUUUCUUGAUUCCCAUCCUCGAACGUCUCCUAUAUCGACCUAAGAAAGUUCCAACCACGCGAGUUGCUAUCUUCAUGCCGACGCGUGAGUUGGCUGUCCAAUGUUUCAACGUUGCCAAGAAGCUUGCUGCAUUCACAGACAUCACUUUCGCGUUGAUGGCCGGUGGUUUCUCUGUCCGUGAGCAGGAGGCGGUUCUCAAGACGAGGCCUGACGUAGUCAUCGCCACACCUGGUCGUUUCAUUGACCACAUGCAUAACUCGGCUUCGUUCCAGGUCGAGCAUCUCGAAAUUUUGGUUCUCGAUGAGGCUGAUCGCAUGCUCGAAGAAGGUUUCGAGACGCAAUUGAACGAAAUUCUGACUACGAUCCCAAAGUCCCGACAGACGAUGCUCUUCUCCGCCACCAUGACCAGCACAGUCGAUAAGUUGAUUCGCGUGGGUAUGGACAAGCCCGUACGACUCAUGGUCGAUGCGAAGAAGCAAACGGUUGCAGGACUGACGCAAGAGUUUGUGCGAUUGAGGCAUGGAAAGGAAGACAAACGACUCGCUUACCUUAUGUAUAUCUGUGAAAAGAUCUACACAGAGAGAGUCAUUAUAUUCUUCAGACAAAAGAAAGACGCGCACUUGAUUCGAGUCGUAUUCGCUCUUUGCGGACUGAAAGCAAGCGAGCUGCAUGGCAACAUGAGCCAAGAACAGCGUAUACAAUCCGUUGAAGCGUUCCGUUCCGGCAAAUCAUCCUACCUCCUUGCCACUGAUGUCGCGUCCCGUGGUCUUGAUAUCAAAAACGUCUCCACAGUCAUCAACUACGAAGCGCCUCAGAGUCACGAAAUCUAUCUCCAUCGUGUUGGUCGUACCGCCCGUGCUGGACGAGUUGGUCGAGCAUGUACGCUGGCUGCAGAGCCCGAUCGUAAGGUCGUCAAGCAAGCCGUCAAGGCCUCGCGAGACCAAGGCGCGAAGGUAGUCAGCCGACAGGUCCCUGCAGAGGAGACGGACAGGUGGAUGAAGAAGUUACGCGACCUUGAGGAUGAAAUUGAGGAAGUCCUCAAGGAAGAAAAAGAGGAGCGUGCCCUUAGCAUCACCGAGCGCGACCUCAAGCGUGGCGAGAAUCUGAUCAUGCACGAAGACGAGAUCAAAGCAAGACCAAGACGUGAGUGGUUCGAGUCGGAGAAGGAGAAGACUACACAGAGAGAAAAGGGCGGCGCGGCGCUAAACAAGACUGAUGGCGGGGCAGCCAAAGAAAAGAAGAAGAAGUUGAGUGGUAAAGACAAGAAGAAGCUUGAGGCGGGAGAUCUCCGUAAGGAGGGCAAGGGGUGGAAGAAGGGCAAGGAGGACAGAGGGUUGAGUACGGCUAAGGCGAAGGAGAAGAAUGCUGAAGCGAAGAAGAAGAGCAAGAAGAUUAGCAAGUACGUGCGAAAAUGAGGGGGGCGAGCGUAAUAGCAUUUGGGUUGUAGAUGGCAGCGGCUAGGUGAUGUUUGUAGAGUUAAAAUGUGUACAUGUUUUCGAAUAUGCAC